UCGGGCGACGGAAGUAUUUCACCAAAUAUUAGAUAGCUGACUCUGCCCUGCUGAAAGGUGCUGUUUUGAAACUAAAACCCACACUGUCCAGACGAUCCGGUGUGCCGUGUUCUCUGUAAUCUCCUUUUUUACGACAAAGGAAAAAAGAGGCGGACAAGUUGCAGGUCCAAGAGGAUAAACUGAGCAUGGAGGUCAGGUACAACCAAGAGACGGAAGGGAUGGGGCUGAAGAAUGGACUAAAGAAGGGGAAAGAUGACAAGGACUCCCAGAGCACCUUGUCCAAAAGCUUUCUCAAGGACCAGCAGGACUCCUUUUCCCCUUCUGGGACCGUGGAAAACUGUGAGAAGAACAGGGGGAGCACGGGGGACCCGGACUACUGUCGGAGAAUACUAGUCCGAGAUGCUAAAGGCUCUAUCCGAGAGAUUAUCCUGCCGAAGGGUUUGGAUUUGGACCGGCCCAAGCGAACCCGCACGUCCUUCACUGCAGAGCAGCUGUACCGGUUAGAGAUGGAGUUUCAGAGGUGCCAGUAUGUGGUUGGGAGGGAACGGACAGAACUGGCCCGUCAGCUCAAUCUGUCUGAAACUCAAGUGAAGGUCUGGUUCCAGAACCGGCGCACUAAGCAGAAGAAGGACCAAGGGAAGGACUCUGAGCUGCGUUCAGUGGUUUCAGAAACAGCAGCAACCUGCAGUGUCCUCAGACUGCUAGAGCAAGGUCGGCUGCUGACGCCUCCGGGCUUGCCGGGCCUUCUGCCCCACUGUGGCAGCGGCACACUGAGCUCCGCCCUGCGCCCUCCCUCCAUGGCCAUGGCCAGCAACGGCAGCAGUAGCAGCAGCAGCAGCGGCAGCAGCAGUGGCACGGCGGGCAGCAGCCCUCCUCUACCUGCAGUCACUAGCUCAGGGACAGUGGCGGGCCUGCAGAGCUCACCAGCGGCUCACAGCCUCUUCAGCUUCCCUAUGCCCUCCUUACUCAGCGGCGUCGCCACCCGCAUUUCCUCCAACCACCUGUCCAUGGCUGGCUCACUGGCUGGCAACCUGCAGGAACUUUCUGCCCGCUACCUGAGCUCCUCUGCUUUUGAGCCUUACUCGCGGACCAAUGGCAAAGAAUCACUGGACAAGAAAAUUCUGGAAUGAUGCUUUGUUUUUACAUAGAUGGCUUCCUGUUUCGCCUGGACAUGUUUUCUUGGCUUUUACUGUCCUUGUUUGGUUUUGCUCAUCCUCUUUCAUCUGUCUAUGUCAUGUUCUGUAGCAGUUCAUGUAUUCCACUUGCACAUCUGGCACCUUGUUCAAGGAAGAAAACAAAUACACAAAACAAGCUCAUCUAACAAAGACAGGGUGGCAGUGGAAAGAUUUUGCCCAAAAUCUACAUAUAGGACUUUGUUACAGAGAUUUGGAGAGAGACAUUCUGAGGAGAUUACUGAGGGACCCUUCAGGUUUCUGUUAAACAAAUGUUUAGUCCUAUCUUUUAAUCUAAAAUAACAAUAUAUACAGGGGCCCAGAGAAUAUGGCUGCUUCAUAACACAAAAUCUCUAUUCCUCCAAGAGAAGUAGUACAUAGUGUAUAGGAAUGGUGACAGAAAGUGUAAAGUGCUGGUCCAUUCUAAAUUGUGCAUUAUUAUUUGAUUGUGUUGGGUAGAUGCAUGUCACUGCAGUGAGUAGAUGUAGAGACAGAAAGAGAGUUGUCAAACACCUGAGCAGCAGUUUGUUCUGUGAGAUCCAAUCAGCAAAUAAAAAAAUAAAUAAAAAUUGCAGCAUUAUGAAUGAACAAGCAAGGUCGAUUUCUCAACAUAGAAUUGGGGGAGAAAAAAGGGCCUCUGUUUGAAGGUCACUGCAAGGCCAGUGUCAGUACAAAACCCAAUGCAUCUGACGCGUGAAUGCAAUUUGCUUAUGCAGAUGCCUCGCAAAAAUUCAGUUUACAAAAAAGUCUUUUGUAUAUGUGUUUGUACUGAGUUUGGACCAAACCAAAACAUAAUCCAUAGACGGUGUUGUCAUACUGUAUGAUGGUUCAGUUGUUCAGUGUUGUUUUCUCUAUGGUUUAGUGAGGAUUUUAACAUUUUACGACUAAAGUCUUCACUUUGUGGUUUUUCCGUCUUCAAGAUGCAGUACCUGACUUUUUUGUCUGUGAUUUAAAUACCACUGUGAGUUCUCAGAGUUUUGAUGUACAGGUUCUAUUUCAUGCAGGAGCAAGCGCAGGAAUGAGCUGCUGAAAGGGGGGAUUCUUGAAGAAAAGCUUUUCAGCAUUAGUAAGCUGCUUGCUUUGUUGAACACUACAAGGUAACAGGUUUUAUUAAGACAAUAUAAUAACCUUUCCUUCUUGUGUGAAAUUUUCAAAAUCCACAGCCUUCAUAAAAGAUUUAGGCAGAGCACUGCAUGUGGAGACUGAAUGGAAUUAUUGUAGUAUAAAAGUACUGGAAAUGGGAAACGUACCUUAAAAUUGUUAUUUUAUUGUAAAUUAUUCACUUCUGUAAGUAAUAGAUUAUUAGUAUAUCUGGAAAA